AUGAAUUUGAAUUCACGACGCGAAGCGAAGUAUGUCUUUUUUAUUUCUACCUCAAACUUUUUGUCUGGAUGGUGCGACGAUGUUGGCGUUUUUUGGCGAUAAACGUAAUGCUUUUCCAUAGAACUUGGUGUCGAGUCUGACUUACGACUACUGUGAUCUCGUUUGUAAAAAUGUGUUGAGUGAAAAUGGAAGCUAAUUUCAACCCGAUGCGGUCAGUUUGGAUUUUUACAUUUCUAUUCGUAUUGGAAGGAUACCAUUGCGAAGUUCUAAUCGGAGGUCUAUUCAAUGAUACGGGCGAAGAUCAUAUUGGUAAUAUGGAAGAGCUUGCGUUUAAUUUUGCUGCGCAUCAGAUUUCGGAAUCGUAUAAGUCCAGUGGUAAUGGGGUCGAGCUGAGUGUUCACACCAGACGAUACUUUCCGGAUCGCAAUUCAUCCGUGGCUAAUGAAAAAGUGUGCGAACUUAUGUCGCUGGGUGUAGCUGGUAUAUUCGGACCGCAGUAUGGCGAUUCUUAUCACAUCGUUCAAGCCAUCUGCGACGCCAGAGAAAUACCGCAUGUUCAAACAAGAUGGGACCCGCAACAGAGGACCAGUUCGUGCUUAGUCAACCUUUAUCCAUAUCCCUAUUUCUUGGCCAAAGUGUUUCCCGCCAUUGUAGAAAAGUGGGAAUGGACUCAUUAUUUGAUUUUAUACGAAAACACCGAUAGCCUAGUUCGAAUCAAUCCGUUACUGGAACACGAAUUUAAUACCAGCAUCGCAGUUAAACUCAGACGUAUCGUUGCAGACGACAUCCUCGGCUACAGACCUUUGUUGCGUGAAAUCAAAGAAUCCGAGGAGAGUAAUAUCGUUCUAGACUGUAACAUUGAAAUGUUACCAGAAAUUCUCAAACAGGCUCAGCAAAUCGGAAUGAUGGGAUCGGAUCAUAGUUUUCUCAUAACAAAUCUGGACUUUCACACAUUAGAUCUGGAACCCUAUCAAUACGGCGGCGCCAAUAUAACGGGUAUUCGGUUCUUCGAUCCGCAAGACGAAAAUUUUAUUAAGACUAUCGAAGAUUUGAACGCUUACAAUAGAGAUAAAUUCAGUUAUAAGAACGAAGAGUUGGAACAAAUUCGCCCAGAAGCAUUCUCAUUGGGAGCGGCGUUGAUUUACGAUGCUGUUUUUCUUUACGCAAACGCAGUAACUGCGUCACUGGAUGAAGAUUCGAAAAGACCAGUACCAAUGGAAUGCGACAAUGCUGAAUAUUCUUGGACACACGGUCACUCUAUCAUGAUGUACAUGAAAUUGAGUAAAUUUUCCGGUUUGACAGGCGAAAUAAAGUUUGACUAUGAAGGUUUCAGAAGCGAGUUCAGCGUUGACAUUGUCGAAUUAUCGGAAAGCGGUAUCGUCAAGGUCGGAAAGUGGAGUACAACUGAUGUAAUACGUAUGGAAAGAGCAGAAGCUCCCACGAUUAAUGAAACCAGUUACUCGUUGAAAAACAAAACAUUCAGACUUGUUUUAGCGCUGAAUUCACCAUACGCGAUGCGGAAAAAAUCAUACCAAACGCUGACUGGAAAUGAUCAAUACGAAGGUUUCUGCAUUGAUCUCAUUGCUGAAAUUAGUAAAAUGAACGAUAACUUUACUGUUGAUCUAAAAAUCGAUCCGGAGGGCAAAAGCGGUACCAACAAAAAUGGAACAUGGAAUGGAAUGAUCGGAUUCAUACAAAGGGGGCAAGCUGAUUUAGCAUGCGCUGAUAUAACAAUUAAUCGAGAACGAGAAGAAGCUGUCGAUAUCACCUCACCAUUCAUGGAUUUAGGUAUUGCGAUUUUGUAUAAAAAACCUCAGAACCAGUCACCCGGAUUUUUCUCGUUUUUGUCGCCAUUUAACACCGAAGUAUGGAUUCUAGUGGUUACUGCCUACGUUACCGUAUCGGUGCUAUUUUUCAUUAUGGGCAGAAUCAGUCCUUACGAAUGGAGAAAUCCUUUCCCAUGUAUCGAUGAUCCGGACGAAUUAGAAAACCAGUUCACAUUGAGCAAUUCAUUUUGGUUUACCAUAGGAGCACUUAUGCAGCAAGGUUCUGAAAUUGCUCCAGUAUCAGUUUCAACUCGCAUGGCGGCCGGAGUAUGGUGGUUUUUCACUUUAAUUAUGGUCGCUUGCUAUACGGCUAAUUUGGCAGCCUUUUUAACCAUUGAAACGCCCAGCGAAGAUUUCACCAACGUAAAAGAGCUCUAUGAGAAUCCAGAAGUCGAGUAUGGAUUGAUGAAAAACGGCGCAACAGAAACUUUUUUCAUGACAUCAUCGAAUGAUCUCUACCAAAAAAUGUAUCAACACAUGAAAGAUAAUGCUGAUCGAGUUAUAACUAAAAAUGCUGAAGAGGGAGUUCUGAGAGCAGAAGAUGUCAACAGAAAGUACGCCUUCUUAAUGGAGUCGUCGCAAAUAGAAUAUGAGAUGGAAAGGCACUGUACGUUAACGCAGGUCGGAAAACCUAUCGACAGUAAAGGUUACGGAAUCGCCAUGAAGAAAGAUUCGUGGUAUUUGGGCUUAUUCAGUCAAAGUAUUUUGAAAAUGCAAGAAGAAGGCACACUUAACGAUCUAAAACGCAAAUGGUGGAAAGAAAAGUACGCCACAGCGUGCGCGAAAGACGAGCCGGAUGAAGCAGAAACACUAGGUCUGCCAAACUUGGGUGGUGUUUUCAUCGUACUGGGCACAGGAGUCUUACUAGCUAUGGUAAUAGCAGUUUUUGAACAGCUAUUCUACGUGUGGUCGGUUUCCAAAGAAGAAGGUAUUUCCAUGAAAGAAAGAUUGAAAUCCGAACUUAAAUUCUUUUUGAGAUGUCGAGGAACGGUUAAGCACAUCGGAAGUGAAGAGGAUUCCAACAACAACCCAGAAAUAACUUAUUAGUUAUUAGCGCCGAGUUUCUACGUUUUUUUGUGAUUGAAUUUUCAAAACUGAAAGUGUUCUAUUUUCACGCCUUCUUUUGUAUUUUUGUGCACUAUUGAGGGGGGGGGCGGUCGAUCGAGGUAGUACAGAUUACAGUCCAAGAAGUGUGCGCAUUGUGCCGAGAUCUUGUUCUGGUGCAAAUCUGUACUCCAAAGCAAAAAGGAUAGAAGUCCAUUUCUUAAUUUUGCGCAACACUUUUUUCAAAAGCGAAUUCCUCUGCCCCAAAUAAUGCUACAGUGCUCGGAAUGAUCUUCCCCAAAUACCGCAGUUGUUCCUCUACUAUUAUCGUGGGCCGAACGAUGAGCAUGGGAACUUUAUUUUGCAAAAUCUAUAUAUAUAUGGACUUCUAUCCUUUUUGCAUUGGAGUACAGAAAUUACUUUCAGGAUAGGUCGCAUCGUUCACCCGGAUCUUGUCAACAAGUUCAUCAAAUUUUUCUAGUCAGUCAUUCGUUGUAUGUAGAUAAAUAUUUUCAUUCGAGUACACGUAGGAUAUUUUUCGUAAUGUAUUUAGUAUUUACGUAUUUAUUGUUAUUACACCGUCGUUACCUA